UCAAACCGUCACAGAUAUACAAUUAUCUCACGUAACUGAAAAAGAUUCUUCGACAAGAGAAUGGCCAAAGCUCUCUUUCUCUUCUCUCUCAUCUUCCUCUCAACGCGUCUCUCGUGUUCGAGCCCCGAUCCUCCAACCCUCGCCCACGCGGAGUUAACAAACUAUGGCUUCCCAAUCGGGCUACUUCCCUCCUCGGUUCAAACCUACGCUUUGAACCAGACCUCUGGCGAGUUCUCCGUGCAGCUCGGUGGCACAUGUAAAUUAACGCUCCCGCCGGACAACUAUUUGGCUACCUACUCUAAUAGAAUUAGGGGGAAGAUCGAGCAGGGUCGGAUCGCGGAGCUGGAUGGUAUUCGAGUCUGGGCUUUCUUCAAGUGGUGGUCCAUCACGGGGAUCCGGUCCAGGGGGGAUAAUUUAGUGUUUGAAGUUGGAAUGGCCUCCGCUAAGUUUCCCUCUAAAAAUUUUGACGAGAGUCCUGAGUGUGACGGCCAGAAAUCAGCCUCUUAAUUUAGAGCUUCCCAUCUGCUGAAGAAAUUAUGUUAAAGAAUCUUGGCAUAAGGGAGAAAUGACUGGGCAGUAAAUAAUUAGACGUUUCAUGUCAUCUGAACCACGGAAAACUCAUUUAUUUUCUUGUAUGAAUUUGUAUAUGUAGCACGGAUUUCGACUACGUUUCGAUCAUCUCUUUGUGUUGGAUAGGAAAAGGCUGCCCCUUUUCUAUAUUAUGUGUUGGAGUUCUGAAAUACUUUAACAGGAUGAUUAUAACAUGGUGCACCAAGUGAACAAUUUUAUCUC